AUGUGGUAUCUGUGCGUAUUCUUCCAUAGAUUGUUGGAGUACAGGAAAGCGGAGUUCGAAUCCCUCGCCGGUCUCUUCACCGACGGGGACGGUGCCUCCGAACUUCAGUGGCGGCUUCCGGAGGACCACCACCCGGAUUCACCUUUCCAUUUCGUCAAUCUUCCUUCUGAAGAGAUUGCUUGCAACAUUGCUAAUCGAAGUAUUCUUGUUAAAGGGAUAUAUGAACUUUGGGGAGAAGGGCGGAGUUUUGAGGAGCUGGAGGAGACUAUCAGUAACUAUCCUGAUGACCGGAAGUUGCCGUACUUAACUGCUGAAAGCUCUUUCAAAAUUAUGGUCGAAAGCUUCGGAAAAGCAUUAAGCUUUUACGAGCAAAGUGAUCGCAUACACAAACUGGCAUAUAUUCCAUUUAAGGGGAGAGUGAACCUGCGAAAUCCAGAUCAUAAAUUCUGCCUGAUGGAUAACGAUGAUUAUGGAGAGAAUAAUGGACUCCCUCCCAUUGUUCAAAGAAGAAUCUUUUUUGGUAGAGAAGUAGGGGCCGCUGAUAGGAAGAUAUUGCAAACUUAUCAGCUAAAGAGACGCAAAUAUCUUGGGCCAACAGCCAUGGAUGCCGAAAUUGCAUUCCUGAUGUCAAACCAAGCGCAAGUCAAACCCGGGAAGCUUGUUUUUGAUCCUUUUGUUGGUACAGGAAGUAUUCUGAUUGCAGCUGCUCAUUUUGGCGCAAUGACAAUGGGUGCAGAUAUUGACAUUCGAGUAGUUCGUGAUGGUCGUGGACCUGAUUGUAACGUCUGGAGCAAUUUUAAACAGGUCUUCAGAUUUUAUCCUCAAAUUUAG